AUGAUAGCUAACCUAUUUUCUUCCUUUGACCCAUCAACUAAUUUUAACUCAACUUUAAACUGAAUAAGAACAUUACUUAUUUUCCUCUUCAUUCCCCCUACUUAUUGAUUAAUUCCAUCUCGAUGAAACUUUAUCUGAAUUUUAAUCAUUAAUACUUUACAUAAAGAAUUCAAAGUUCUCUUAAAAGAAAAUUCCUCUAAAGGAAGAUCUCUAAUUUUUACUUCUCUUUUCAGAUUAAUUUUAUUCAAUAAUUUUCUAGGUCUUUUUCCGUAUAUCUUUACUGCAACUAGCCACCUAACUUUAACUUUAACCCUUAGUUUACCAUUAUGAUUAAGCUUUAUAAUUUAUAAUAUAAUUUUUAAUUUUAUAAAUAUAUUAGCCCAUCUUGCCCCCCAAGGAGCUCCUCAAAUUCUUCUACCAUUUUUAGUAAUUAUUGAAACUAUCAGAAAUAUUAUUCGACCGAGAACAUUAGCUAUUCGAUUAUCAGCAAAUAUAAUUGCUGGCCAUUUAUUAAUUACUUUAUUAAGAAAUUCAGGUUCAAUAAUUAAUAUCCCUAUUUUAAGAAUUUUAAUUUUAGCUCAAAUCUUACUUCUAAUUUUAGAAACUGCUGUAUCAAUUAUUCAAGCCUAUGUAUUUUCAAUUUUAAUGACUUUAUACUCAAGAGAAAAUUAA